AUGCAAGCGAAUGUACGGGCAUGGCAGGCCCGAAAGCGCUUCAUUGCACAGCAGCACUUCAUCGUGCAGCUCCAGUCGUUUGCACGCUACUGGCUCUCAAGACACACUCUUCACCACAUGACACGCGGACGUGAUUUCUUCUCUGCCGAAACAGCAAUUCAAUAUGAUGGAGACACAAAUGUGUACUUCUGCGAAUCAGAGGUGCCAGAAGAUGUGAUGCUGCGGAACCCGUUGCGAGCUAAGUGGACGAGUGCGCCGACUGCAGAAAACCCCAUUGAGUUGGUUAGCUUGGCUACUGCUGCCUCAGAAGAGUGCGGUACUCACCAGCUUUCUCCGUUUUUCGAUACCGACCAUCCUGUGCCUACCAAAUUGCCUUGUUCGGAGACCUGCGCCGAUCUCUUUAGUUUUGUACGUCGUUAG